AUGGGGUUAGUUGUGACAUCACAAAACACACGAUGGAAACAGAGUAGCAUCAGCAGUGCCAAGCGAAGACCUUCUGGGCUGGAUGUACUUGAUCCUGCCGAUGAGAUAAUCUACAUUUCACCCCAAGAUGAGCUUUCUGGAUCAGGCCAGGUAUCUAUCGGCGCCCCUCUAAUUCUGGUUGUCACCAUAAAUACAACCACAGGACUUUACACGGUGUGGACUGCGCGCUACAGGGAUGAUGAACCUGGUGGUUCGAUCAAAGAGAAGACUCGCCGACACACAGAGGGUACUCAAUCCAAGAGGCGCAGUUCGCACUUUGGAAUGGCAACCGGUGCAACAACCCCAGCUGCACGACCCUCGAUCCGAGAAAGCUUUGGACCCUGGACCGAUAACAAAAACGGUUCCCAGUCUAGGGAGGGGAAGAGUGACCCCGAAGAUGACCUGGCCUCUAGAGUCGCUCAGGAUUUUGGCGAUGUCGGUGUGCCUUUGAAGACAUCAAGGCGAGUCAGCUCACUGCUUGCCCGGACAGAUCUUGCUACCAGUCAAGAUCGCAUCACAUUCUCCGACCUUGCGACGGGCAGUCAGUCCAAUGCCUUACCCCAUGGUAGCUUGCGGCAAUCGAUAGGCGCUGGUAGCACUCGGGGCAGUUUUGGUUUCAAUCCUCGUGGCUCAUUGCCUCCCACGUCUGGAUCUGUUUAUAGCGCUGCCGGCAGUGUUGCGGAUGCACCCGUCGACAGGCUACUAGAAGAGCUCAACAAUGAUGUUUUGUCCGAAGGAUUCGAGAAUAUUGCUCUUCGCGAAUCAGCAUCGGGCCUUCCAGAAGAACUUUUACUCGCAAAAGUCGAGAGCUUCUCUUCAAAGUUUUCGGGCAACUUCAGAGCUUCUGCUUCUGCUUCACAGGCCCAGCAUUUAAAGGUCUGCACCUUGGCUUCAUCUGAUUAUAGCAGCACGCGUAACGGAAAUGCAGUCUCAGUGGCCGUUUGUAUCCUGGAUCACGACUCUCGGAACAUGGCAAUUGUGAACCUGAGAGCGGAAAGAGUCGCUGCAUCAAAAAAUCGAAUGGGAAAGAAAGCCAGCACCCGAGACAAGCGCCCAUUGUUAGUUCAUGCAACAGGCAUCCAGCAUGCUCCAAAUAUUUGGGAUACGUGCCGAGUCACAGACGGUGGAAUUUCACGUAUUCUAACACUGUCUGUUACUGAGAAUGGAAAGCGUGAGUUGUCUCUACAAACGCUCUGGGGUAGCCCAACAAAAAUCGAAGUUCCGGUUCCUUUACAGCUUCACGAGCCGCAUGGGAUUUCUGCCAACGAACUCGUCACUCGCCCAAGGGAUAGUGGUGUCAACCGUGUCAUGGCAGACCCGAAUCUUGUUUUUGAGUCAUUUGAUCAUGGCUGUUCAAAGGGAAAGAUUGAUCUGGUUGAUACUGAGAAUCAACGGCACAGGCUGCAAAUCCUCAUGGAGCCUCGCAAUGAUCUCGUGAAAAGGGUCCUAAGGGUUUGCAAGUUUGUGCUUCGUGAAUCCGAGAAAGCAGGUGACGGCAUGUUGGUAGCCUGGUGGGAAGUCAUGAAAUGGCUGCGAGGAAAAGAGGAAAUCGAGAACGAUCUUGAGUUCACCGCGUUGGUGGUUGUUCUAUUCUCUUUGGCUGUCCCCUUCAUCAAACAGCCCCCGCUCCAAACUCCAGCGAAACGAACUCGCCGAAAGAAGGGUCUUCUCAGAUCAAGCAGUGGCGGCUACGUGGACUUGGAAAGCUGGGAGACUAUGCUCGAUUUAGAGUCUGGCGCAUGUGGCUCCACCGCGCCCUGGAUGUCAGGCAGUGCCUGGGGUUGGAUUGUGGAACAAGAUGCAAUUGAGGAUCUUGCUAUCCGCGACGUACAACGAACACCUAAAAUGGAUCAACCCGCCGCAAGUCGUUCCACAUAUCGCCACAAUUCUUAUGUGACUAGAUGCACAUCGCUAUGUCGUGAAUUUCUCCAAACUCCCCAGGGCUCUAGGGCGUUUGGUUCAGAGGGCUACUUGCCUAUCUCUGGUUCCUUCCCCGAAAGCACUAGAUGCACUGCCUUGGGUACUAUCCUCGUGGGCCUCCACCUGUUCCGAGAGGAGCAGAAGCUUUCCACUUGUGAUACUGAGGAAUCCCAACAUCCUCUGGGACUGCUCGCCCCAAUCCUCGCUCAGCUUGGUGGCUGGCUCGGUUGGGAAUCCUGGGGUUGGAACGAAGACGCCUACUAUGGCACUGAGAUGGCUAGCAUGGAGCGUUGGAACUUUGAAGAUACUCGAAUCUCACUGCUCAAUGUUCCCGCAGAGCCCUUUACUCCUCCGUCAAUUUUUGCUUUCCUCAUGGACGCUGCACGCCAAGUUUCCACUCCAUUCCUUACUCUUCUGGAUAUCGUCAGUGCCUCGGACAGAGCCCCUAGGAAAGGGCGGAUGUGGCAAGAAUGCUUCCACAUCACACCAAGAACAUUGGCACUGAAUGGCUUUCUCUCUGACAUUCACAAUGUGUCGACCCACCUAGAAAAGACCAAGCUUCUUCAUCGCUGGGGUUUAACUAAGAGCAUCAUUGAUACUUUCCCUGAGGGUGUCGGGGCGCCGUUAUACGAAGCAGUGAUGCAAUGCCAGAUCGAGGCUUCGACAUCUUGGAGUUCCAUUUUGCUGGAGCUUAUCGAUCGAGAGGACCUCUAUAUGUCAAUGAAUCCUGUUCAAGCUCCUUCGUUUGCAUCGCCACAACAGCCUAUGGUGUCUCAUGAUGCACUCCGUGAUUUCCAUAACAUCAGCACUUCGGCCUUAGAGCUUGAUACCAUCAAUGCUUUUGAAGCUUCUGCCGAGGCUGAUCGUUUCUCUGUUACUCGUUUGGUUUUCAGGGAAGACAAACGCUUCCUAGAGGCUGCUCGUCUUCUCAAUCAAUCCAAGGCACCCGUUGCAGAUUGCGUGCCCGAGGCUGAUUGGACAGACUCCGAUUUGCUCGAGGCGCAAAAAGAGAUCGUCCAGCUUGUGUCGUUCCGGACACUUUCCACUCCUGCUGGCCGCGCCAUGAUCUCCUUCAGCGGACGUUUACCACUGUUAACGGAGAAGCUGCCGAUCCCAUCUUUCUCUUUGCAAUGUGUCAUGAAGCCAUCGAAUGUGACUGUUUCUGCUGAGAGGUCUGCAUUUACGGAGGAAAAGGUUUGCUGGGCUUUCUUCCAUAAUGGAGUGUCCACAGGUCUUGCGAUUUCCAAGGCAUCUAAGGGAAUCGAUACCUCCUGGAUCUUGUUCAAUAAGCCGCAGGACCUUACGAACCGCCACGCUGGGUUCCUGUUAGCUUUGGGUCUGAAUGGGCAUUUGAAGUCACUAGCCAAAUGGGUGGCCUUCAAGUAUCUGACACCCAAGCACACGAUGACAUCCAUUGGCUUAUUGCUUGGUCUUUCCGCAUCAUAUCUAGGCACAAUGGAUACGCUCAUCACGCGUCUACUCUCUGUCCACGUUACCAGGAUGUUACCUCUUGGAGCAGCAGAACUCAAUCUCUCCUCUCUGACUCAAACAGCCGGUAUUAUGGGUAUUGGCCUGCUUUAUUGUGGCUCACAGCAUCGACGCAUGAGUGAAGUUAUGCUGUCGGAGAUCGAAAACAUUGAACAAGAAGAACAAUCUGCUUCGCAAGAAGAUUUGCGAGACGAAGGUUACCGCUUAGCUGCCGGUUUCGCUCUGGGACUCAUUAAUUUGGGCAAGGGCAAAGACCUUCGAGGAAUGCGAGAUAUGCACAUCGUCGAACGCUUGCUGGCCAUUGCCGUUGGCACCAAAAAUGUUGAUCUGGCUCAUGUUCUUGAUCGGGGUACUGCGGGCGCCACAAUUGCUCUUACCAUCAUCUUCAUGAAAACCAACGAUGCAGUGCUGGCCAAGAAGGUCGACAUUCCCGACACCACCGUACGCUUUGAUUAUGUCCGACCUGAUCUCUUCCUUCUGCGUACAUUGGCGAGACAUCUCAUCAUGUGGGAUAGCAUCUCGCCUAGUAUGACAUGGAUCAAGGAGAGUCUGCCAAAGAUCUACCGUCGACGAUCCCGUCUUACUGGCAUCAAUCAGCUUCAGAGUGAAGACAUGCCGUUCUUCAACAUUCUCGCUGGUCUUUGCUUUGCUCUCGGCCUUCGCUACGCUGGAUCUGGUAAUACACAGGCAAGGGAUCUACUGCUGUUCUACCUAGAUCAGUUCAUCCGCAUCUCGCGACUCCAGGUAACAAACUACGAUGCCAAGCUCGCCCGAAACUCAGUUAGGAACUGUCAAGACGUCGUGGCUCUAUCCGCGGCCGCGGUCAUGGCUGGCACCGGUGAUUUGGCACUAUUCCGACGCCUGCGCUCACUUCACGGUCGAAUCGAUCCUGAUACGCCUUAUGGCAGUCACAUGGCAGCCCAUAUGGCAAUCGGCAUGCUCUUCCUUGGUGGAGGUAGCCAUACACUCGGCACAUCCAACCUUGCAGUGACAUCCCUUCUCUGCGCUUUCUACCCCAUCUUCCCAACGACCGUCCUCGACAACAAAUGCCACUUACAAGCUUUCCGUCACCUCUGGGUCCUAGCCGCAGAACCGCGCUGCCUCGUCCCGCGCGACCUCGAUACCCGCCGUCCAAUCUCCAUCCCCAUCACAAUCUCCUACCACGUCGGCGACACCCACACCAUCACCGCCCCAUGCCUCCUCCCAGACCCAAGCGGUAUCACACGAAUCGAAGUCCGCGGUCCAGACCACUGGCCUCUCAUCCUAGACUUCAGCCAAGACGACGCCCUCCGCAAUAAAUUCCGCCACGGCGAUCCAUCCGUCUACCUCCGCCGCAAAGCAACCUACAGCCCAUCCGGCGCCCCAACCUCCAUAUUCGCCUCAACCCUCACAGGCCUCAGCGAAGCCCAAGACAUCCUCCCCACAGCCGCAGCCACAGUCUCAACCUCAGCCAAGGGCCUCCCACCAUCCGCCCAACUCGGCCGCGAGUCCUUACUUUCCGGCUCCCUCUCCCUCGCAGCAACCCCAUCCCAAUCACCAUGGGACUGGAUCUUCCAACUCCCCUCUCUCCAAGGCCUAGAUAUUCGCGAACGCUCCCUCGUCCUCCCAUCUUCCUUCCCAGCCCCCUCCCCGCGUAUCUCCACACAAACCGUCACUGCGCCCCCUUGGCUUCGCACUUCGGCCGUUGACGCAAGACUCGCGCUUUCGCAUACGGUGCGGAAUGUCAUUCAAUCUGCUCGUGGUCGGGGCGCGGACCCGGACCAAGUUCGCGAUAGAAUUUGGCAACUGCGUCUCAUGUUCGAUUGGCUUGAGCGCGUCAAUUCGGGUGACGAGUCGAACAGCUUGACUGCGCAGGGCGCGUCCCCGUCCCAGUCCCAGUCUUCUGGAUUGUGGUUGCGGAGGGACUUUGUUGAGGAGGCCAAGUGGCGGAUUUGGGGUGUGCAGGCAGAUGAUCAGGAACAGAGUUAG